AUGAACCUGCUGAAAGGCGCGCCAAAGUCCAUCGCCAGAGACUGGAUGAACGAAACUAGAAUUCUGCUGGAAACUCAACAGGCGGUGGACACGUUGUUGGCGUACGCUGGUGCUAUAGGUCUAGUGUUCCUUGGCGCUGGAGAUUCGAAGAUUAAUGAUAGAAAAAUACGAUUGGGUCAGAGCCGAAGAACGUAGCAAGGUUAACCCUUCCAGUGGUGUGUUACAUGAACGCUCUAGUCAUAACGUUGUUAAAUAA